UUCUGCUUUAUAAAAAUGUGUAGAAAAACAGAUGCAGAUAUUAAUCUGGCUUUGCAACUGCACUUGAAAUAUAAGAGCCUCUCCUCCAUUUCUGGUUCUUACUCUUUUAUUGAGAAGCAAAGCUCUCUUAGAUUAGAUGGCUGACCCUGUUACCUCUCUUGUAAUUGACCCUGUUAUCUCUUUUGUUGUUGAGAGAACUGGCGAACUGCUGAUUCAAAAAAUUGUUUUCCUGAAAGGCGUUCGACGACAAGUUGAGAGGCUCAAAAAUGAUCUGGAGCGGAUGCGGUGUUUCCUGAAAGAUGCUGAUCACAAGCAAAUUAAAUAUGAGAGCAUCCGCAACUGGGUUUCUGAAAUCAGAGCUGCGGCCUACGAUGCGGAGGAUGUCAUUGAGAUCUUCGCCAGCAAAAUUGAAAGUAUAAAAGAUAAGGGAUUUGUGACUAGAUUGGCAUAUUAUCCCUGGCGGAUUGUGAGCCUUAACAAGAUCGGUAAAGAGAUUGAGUCCUUACAGAAAAGGCUCGAUGACAUAGCCGCUAGCCGCGAAAAAUACGAUAUCAAAAAUCUUGGAGAGGGGACGACUACACAUGGGGAAGAGCUUCAACGGCUCCGACGGUCAUCUCCUCUCAGCGAGGACAAGGAUAUAGUGGGGUUCGAGGAGAUAACAAAAUACCUGGUGAAAGAACUUUGGAAAGAUGACAGAAACCGCCGUGUGGUUUCAAUCGUCGGCAUGGGAGGUGCUGGUAAGACAACUCUUGCCAAAAAAGUUUAUAACCAUGCUGACGUCACGAAGAGAUUCAAGUGUCGUGCGUGGGUCUGCGUCUCUUCAAGCUACGAUUACAAAAAGCUGCUGAGUGCAAUCAUAAAGCAACUGAAUCCAACAACUAAAGAGCUACUUGAAGUGUUGGAAAUGAUGCAAGAGGAAGACUUGGAACGAAGGCUCUAUCAAGAUCUACAAGACAAAUGUUAUCUUGUGGUGCUUGAUGAUGUAUGGGAGGUAGCAGCGUGGGAUAAUCUUGCCAGGAGGGCCUUUCCUGAUGUUGGCACAUCAAGUAGAGUGCUACUUACAAGUCGCAAACGGGAUGUUGCCCAACACGCAGAUGCUCUUAGCAAACCACAUGAGCUGAAAACUUUGGGGGAGGAAGACAGCUGGCAUUUGUUCCUCAAAAAGGCCUUAGUCCAUGAAGCUAAUGCUGGGUGUCCUCCGGAUUUGGAAGCAGUAGGCAGAGAGAUUACCAGAAGAUGUGGUGGUCUGCCGCUGGCCAUCACGGUUAUAGGUGGCCUGCUACUGGGCAAGAAAAGGUGGAAGAGUGAAUGGGAGAACGUUCUCAACGACUUUGGCGCAUACCUAUCAAGGAGCCAGAGUGAAGCAGGGGAAAUUAAUGAAGCAGGGGCAAUUCUGGAAUUAAGUUAUGCAGACCUCCCUACCAAUCUGAAAUUUUGCUUUUUGUAUUUGGGUUUGUUUCCCGAAGACUCCGUGAUUUCUGUGCGCAAGUUGAUCCAUAUGUGGGUUGCUGAGGGAAUAAUGCAGAAAAGAGAUGCAAAAAAAUUGAAGGAAACUGCAGCAUAUGAAGAUGUGGAACGACUUUGUAGCAGAAAUAUGGUCCAAGUGGCGGAAAUGACUGCUGAUGAGAGGAUUAAAAGCUGCAGAGUCCAUGAUUUGCUGCGAGACCUUGCUAUCAGAAAGGCAGAGGAUGAAAAUUUUUUUCAGAUCCAUGGCACCAGAGAUGAUCAAAUAUCAGCCAAAUCCAGGUACCUUGCUGUUCAUAGUCUCCCUCUAGAAAAAAUUUAUUUUGGGACUUCGACCCCUCCUCUCCGGUCUCUACUUUUUUUCAAUGGCCAUGGUGACAGGGAAAACAUUAGUCUUAUCUUCAAAAGUUUUAAAAAGCUUAGGAUACUAGAACUAGACCUAGACCUUGAGGAUGUUGGUAUGUACUUUAAUUUGCCAAAAGAAAUUGGUGAAGUCAGGCUCUUAAGGUACCUCGGUUUAAGAGACGCAUCCAUUAGAAGGCUCGCACCCAUUAGAAGGCUCCCUAAUUCCGUCGGUUGCUUGCGAUACCUACAAACUCUUGACAUACGGGGCCGCUUUGAUAGGACUGUGAAAGUUUCAAAUUUCAUUUGGAAGCUUGAAAGUUUACGGCAUCUAUAUGCGUAUAAAUUGGAAUGUGAUGUGCCUCUUAAGAUUGAAGGAUUGAGGAAUCUCCAGACUCUGUCAGGCAUACGCUUUGAGGACGUUAUGCACAAUAACAUGAUAACUUUGACAAGUCUUCGGAAACUGGGGAUUUGGGUGGAUGAAAGGUCAGAGAUAGACAAACUCUGCAUGCAUUUAUCUGAGGUUGGAAGCCUAAAGACUUUACAUCUUUACCGUGCUAUAGGAAGCGAGUGGCCAUCUCUAGCUGGACUUUCUAAGCUCCAUCAUGUAACAGAGCUUAAGCUUAAGCUACCCACUUCGCUGCUUGCUCGGACAAUGCUGGCUCCUGAUUUCCCUCCAAAUCUCUCUCGCUUGUCUUUGAAUCUCACAUUCUUCAGGGAUGACCCAAUGCCAGUACUGGAGAAGUUGGGACAGCUGUCGUUCCUCAAACUGAAAUCUGCUAGUUGGGGACCACAGCAUAUGGUCAUUUCUAGGCAUGGGUUUCACCAAUUGAAAUUCCUUGGGCUCAGCCGCCUGUAUAGUUUGGAAGAAAUAAAGGUGGAGGAAGGUGCACUGCCACAGCUCCGGUGCCUGAGAAUCAGGGACUGCAGUAAAUUACAGAAAUUGCCGGAAGAGCUGAAGCACAUAUCUAGUCUUGAUGCGCUUGAGCUUGUGGACAUGCCAGAAGAUUUCAUCAGUGGGCUUGAUGCGGACACAGUAUCCAGUGUCCCUAACCUCAGAAUAUUUUGACUCUAGAAUCUAAGUCCAUAUUUGUAUUUCGAGCAUAAAAAGGAAGGUGUGUUGUGUAGUGAUUAAUGA